CAUUUCUUUCCUUUCCUACUUCUUUCUUUAAAAUAAUGGAUAAUUAUAAUAAUCAAAGAUAUUAUUACGGUAGUAAUGGGGAUAAAAACGCGAGAAGAUCCUCUCCAAAUGGUUCUUAUAAUAAUCGUAAUAGUUACAAUGGUUCCAAUGGUGGUAAUAAUAGUAAUGGUCGUUAUCGUAAUAAUGGUUAUAACAGUUAUAACAGUUAUAAUGGUGGCGGAAAUACCAGUGACAACAGUGAUAGGAGUGACAGAAGUGACAGAAGUGAUUGGAAUGAUAAAAGAAAACCUCCUCGUGAAUGGAAAACCUUUACUGAAAUAAAAUUCAGAGUUAGUAAUAUUCACACUAACGCUACUGUAACUGAUAUAAUGGAGGCUUUCGCUGCUUAUGGUAGUGUUUAUAGAGUAG